AUGAGGCGGAUUCUGCUGGGCUGCUUAGUGGCCUUGUUCAUUGGAAAUUGGGUGGCGGUGUGCAGGAAGAUAAACGACUUGAUCAGCAUAGGACACGUGAACGUGUGCCUGAUAGAUGUAAGGAUAGACGAUGCUCAAGAGUGUGUCCUGGAGAAUGAAUUCGGGAAGGCAUUAUUAUUUAUCUGCAACAUAGGUGAAUACAUUAAUAACAGAUCAAGAAUAAUUCCAGCCACAUGUGCCCGUAGGACUUUCAUAAAUUUAAGUGAUCCCACUGAAUUCUCCGCAGACAGUGAUACGUACGAAUUGUUUCAAAAUUUAAUAGGUACUAACGACUCCACUUUGCGAGGGCAUUUCCUCUUUUUUAGCACCCCCUAUUCGAAUAAAGAAAUAGACCUGAGUUGCUUAUGUUACAUAGAAGGCAAGAAACAACAUAAGCAUGUGAUGAAAUUGGUGUUUAAAAAAACGAAAAAAAAAAUAAAAGGUUGUGAUUUUGGUUAUAAUAUUUUGUCAAAAAGAGACUUAACAAAUAACAUUGACUUGAAUAAAAAUGCUGUUUGUCGGAUUCAUGCAUACCCAGGGGAUGUGAUAGGAAUUAAUUGUUAUAAGAAAGAGAGUAACCAUUCGUACAAUGAUAAUUUGGAGCUAGUGCCGAACAAUUGCUUCCAUAGUAUUGAAUACGGAAAUGAUAUUACUUUGUCUACUAACAAUUUGAUCCCAAACUCGAGAGUCAUUCCAGAUUCCACAACAGAUGUGCAAUUGUCCAAAAUGCAUUCCUACAUGUCUUAUAUGAUCCUACCGAAAGAUAUGACCAUGACAGGUAAAAUCAGCUGCUAUUGCAAACGGGGGGAAUACGUGGGGUCCAUGUUCAUUUAUUUGAAGACUGUAAAUAAUUUGCUAUAUGAUUCCAAUGGAAUCGACCGAAUUAUUGAAAGGGGAAAUGUUGAAGAAAAUUCAGAUCAGGAGUGGGGAGGAAGUGCAAAAAACGCGGGGGAAGAGUCCAACCAGGGGAAAAGCCAGAGUGAGGUCAAAACAGAUGUGAAGGAACAAAACGAAAGGGAGGAAGAUAUUCACAACCAUUAUAAUAAUAUAAACAGCAUUUAUUACAACUCGGGGAUGAGCCACCCCAGUAGGAGACAAGACUAUCAAGGACAGAGUGAGAGUCGUCACCGGAACGAGGGAAGAAAAUCGAGUGUAAGCGAAUCGACCAGCGAAAAUAACACUUACAGCUAUAGUAGUGAAAAAAACAUUAGCCGUGAAAAAUCUGGAAACAAAUUAUUUAACGAAAACAAUUAUGAUGCUUAUAACAUGGGCAUGGGUGACGGAUUCAGUAGGGGCCCGCAGCGAAGGAAGAAGAGGACCUUUUGGCAAAACCUCUUUGGGUUGUCUUCUUCCCAGUUUUCCUCCUUCAAUUCGUUGAUACUUUCCUUUUUUGCGCUCAUGUACGCGGGUCAUUCGUCCCUGUAG